AUGAGCAGAUACACGAAGUGGUCAGAAUCGUUACAUAUAAACGUACAGCAGUAGCGGGCUUGAGUUAGGGUUCAACUACACAUGUACAGCGAUUGCAAGAAAGUGCUGAAAAUGAAGAUUGUGGUUAUUCUUCUAGGGCUUGUAUCUUAUCAGGCGUGUGAUGCAGCACCAGCUGAUGGCAAGACUAUCGAUCAGAUCAUCAUGGAAUCAGCUUCUUCCCAUGAGAUGUUUGAUCUAAUUCACGACAUGGGUGACGGGGAGAUGAUGGUGAUGGUGGAGUUGGAUAUUCUGAUGACGCUAAAGGAACUAGCAAAAUACGGGGAGAGAAGAUCACGAAGCAAGAGGAAAGCUACCUCCAGUGACCGACAGCUUUGGGAAAACUGCAACGUCUACUAUGAGACCGUAGAUGCUGAUUUUACUGACUCGGACCAAGCCGUCAUAAAAGAAGCUUUAGCGGAAUGGGAGAACUACACAUGUCUUAACUUCAGAAAAAGCAGCACCGAGCAAAGUCGAAUUCGAGUCCGCAACGGUGGGGGAUGCUAUUCCAGACUUGGGAGAACGGGGGGCGUUCAGGACCUGGCAUUGGCUCCCAACUGCCGUAGCAAAGGUGUGGUUGUACACGAAUUUGGCCACGCAAUUGGAUGGUUCCACGAGCAGGCGAGACCUGACAGGGAUGACUACGUCACCAUCAACUUCGACCAAAUCCCCGUCAACUGGAGGUCACAGUUUGGAAAAGUGGCACAAGCUCUCGUCAACGACCGCGGUGUCGAAUACGACUAUGACAGCAUCAUGCACUACUCUGGCAAUACUUUCGGACCCGGCACCAUUGUGACACGUGAUCCAGAAGACCAAGACCGACUAGGACAGCGGUUCGGCUUGAGCUUCCGUGACAUCAAAUUGGCCAAUCUCAUGUACAACUGUGCAGGGACCAUGGGCUGCACAACAAGGCCUUGUCCUGGGGAGGGGUUCCGAGCCAAGGACUGCAGGUGUUACUGCCCAGGGCCUCUCAGAACCAGUCCUGUUGUCCCAUGUGGAAAUUCGCCGAUAGUGACAACCAAGGCAACAACCCCAACAACAACAACGUCUGCAACAUCUACAACAGAAGGUGUUCCACCAGGACCCGACUGUAUGGAUGUACGGAGCGGCUGCGCUGACCUCAAGGCCAGGGGUCUCUGUACUAACGACAUGGCUAGAAUGAGUGUCUUCUGCAGAAAAACAUGUAACCUCUGCGGCACAACCCCCUCAGAGUCUUGCAUGGACUAUGACGAAGGCUGUCCCCUGUUCGCCGCCAAUGGCUACUGUGAGAGGGACGGACUUGGAGUUUUCUUUAGAGACGAAUGUCCUCUGUCUUGUAAAGAGUGCACACCAACGGACGAAUGCGCAGCCUUCCAGAGCCAGAGUUCCUCUUCCGGUCACAUGUCACCCAGCCUAGCAACAUUUAUAAUGAUGGUUGUUGCUAUUUGGGGCUUCUGUUGAAGUUGGUAACAAAAGUUCGAAAGUACGCCAAAAAUAAAAGAAUCCAUGGUCAGGCGUUUAUUUCAGGUCACGGUCUGUAGAUAGUAUCUGUUUUCCCGUGUGAAAUACCCCUAUUUUAUUGACUUGCUUUUACUAGAUACGUGUAGAGAAUUUGUGUGACGUGAUGCUUGAAUGACCGGAAUUUAUUGAUACAGCCCCAGCGGAUAUAGCCAUAGUAUAAGAAACAUUAAACUACCUCUUCACUGCGGAUAAUAUACAGUGUAUUUAUUUUAUGUUGCCAUAGUGAUAAAUGCAGAUUCCGUAUCCUCGAAUGAAUGGACUUAUCAAUCCAAAGUUAUAAUCUUGGAAACCCUUUCCAGAUCAGAUGAUACAAUGAGUUUUGUGUUUCUGUAUUAUUUCAAAUUCAAAGUCAUAUGUGUGUACAUAUAUAGAGAGAGAGGGAUGAGACACACUGAACGAGAGCGUGAGAGAGAGAGAGAAAGAAAAGACAGAGAAAGAGACUGAUGCCGAUGCUUCCUGUGAACUUGCCUGUAAUCUUAGCAGUAUAUACUUAAAACGACAGAUUGAUGUCAAUCAAAGUAUCCACAGAUUUGUUUCUCUAAUAUAUUUAGUUAACAUUGAUGUUGUAAAAAUUUGUCCAGGUAUAUUUGUCAUGCUACAACAGGUUGUAUACAGCCGCCUCCUAAAUACUGUAUUUUAUAAUAUGAAUAAAUUAUCUAUCUG